GAAAACAGGAUCUGUGUUUUAUUGCUUGCCAACCUGGAAAAUUAACCUUGAAGAAAACGCAGCUUUCAAGUUUGGACAUUGAACUUCUUCUGCCUGCAUACAAAACGUUACCACAGCGCAGCAGUGGCUUUUGAAGCUGGAAAAUAUGAAGUGAGUUGACAAACAAAGGAACUGCCACUACAUAAAGUAAAAAAAAACCCAGCCCGUGGAACAGAAGGAAUGUUUCCUCCCUGAUGGACAUGUUGCAAAGGUGGAUCUUGAGGAUCGUCAUCAAACAAAAGAUUGGAUCUGAUCCUUUUUGAGGAAUUCAAUUAAGACUUCCUGCUUCAGGCCUGGGUCAUCAUGUCGCUGACUCAUCAAAGCUGCCGGUUUUCCACUCGGUGCAGCGGGACGACAUGGCCUCGGAGGACGACGACGCGCUUCUGUUUUUAAUCUACCAACACCUGAAGGUUAACGGCUACCGGAGAGCCGCCAAGGCGCUGGAAAAACACGUGACUCAGUCGGAGACAGAGGAGAGUACCAACCUGCAUGACAUGUACGCUGGAUGGAUGAAGACUCAGGAGUCAGAAGAAACAGAAGAUUUAAAGAAAAGGAGCAUCAAGCAGGAAGCUGUUGGCGGCGAAGACGAGUCUGCAGAAACCAAACGGAUCACCGUGACAGAAGACGCAGACAUCAAGCCUCUGAUUGAAUGUCAGACGGGUGAUGUUGAGUCAUCCAGUCAAACCGAUGCUGCUAAUGAAACCCAAAAAGAGACGACUGACAGCGAGAAGAUCGACUCUUCUGUCGAUGACGUUGAAGAAGAGAAGGAAGAGAUGAACUCAGAGAAAGAGCCAGAUCCUCCUGAAGCUCCUGCUGAAGCUCCCAAUGAUGCUCCUCUUCCUGAUGGUGAUGCUCCUCCUGAUCCUCCUCUUCCUGAUGGUGAUAAUCCUCCUGAUCCUCCUCUUCCUGGUGAUGCUCCUCCUGAUCCUCCUCUUCCUGGUGAUGCUCCUCCUGAUCCUCCUCUUCCUGAUGGUGAUACUCCUCCUGAUCCUCCUCUUCCUGGUGAUGCUCCUCCUGAUCCUCGUCUUCCUGGUGAUGCUCCUCCUGAUCCUCCUCUUCCUGAUGAUGAUACUCCUCCUGACACUUCCAACAAGAAAAAAAGCUCCAGCUUUUCCUCUUCAGACUCGGAGGAAACACCUGAACACCUUCAACAUGACUCCAGACCGACUCAGCCCGAGGAGAACCAGAGGCAGGAGCCAAAAUCUGCUGAAAACGUUCUCGUCCUCUCAGAUGGAGCUUCUGCCACGACGUUCUGCUCUCAGGAGGUUCUGUCCUCUGAGGAAGACACAGCUGCUGAGGCUCAACCUGUCUAUUUAAACCUGAUGGCAGGAAGUGAAGCCCCACCUCCUGCAAGUAAGACCAGCCAGUCGUUCAGGGUUCUCAUCACGCCGACAGACGUUGCAAAUCAAGAAGAGGAGACGUUUGAGAGGACGGAGGACCCAGCUGACCUCGUCAUUCUAACAGAGGCAGAAGACGUCUCCAUCAUCACGAACACCCAGAACGACGACGGAGGACCAGCUGAGAAGGAGACCUGUGAAGAGGCAAAAACCCCCAAAAGGAAGAAGAAGAAGAAAGGCACAGAGACGCCCAGAGUCACUGAUGCACCCUGGGAAACUCCUCUGAGCAGCAAAGCAAAACAAGAAGGGGAGGGUGAAAAAGUAACUCCAGAGAAGAAAAAGAAGACUAAGAAAAGGAAAAGAGAGAAAGGCGAUGUAGAAGAGCAAACUGCAGCCACUCCUUUGGAAAAGAAGAUUAAAGAUGAAGCUGGAGAGAGAGAAGGGGUAGAGGACAGCCCUGGAGAAUCAACACGAAGAAAGAAAAAGAGAAAAUGGGAAAAGGAGUUGCCGUCUGAAGAAGCACCACUAGAGGGUGGCAGAGAUGAGCUAUCAGAGGUCACAGAUGGAAACUCAUCAGCGCUCUCCUCGACCAAAAAGAAAAAACGCCUCAGGACCAAGCUCAGCCGGAGGAAGAGAUUAAGACUUCAGAUGAAAGACAAGAUGAUGAAAAGGAGGUUUAAGACGAAGAGCAACAGCCAGUCUGCAGGACAGAACCUCACCGGCAGAAAAAAACAAAAGCUGAUCCAGGAAGAGACGCCCGAAAGAGCCGAGGCUGAGCAGCACGAAACUCUAAAGAGGAGAAAAAAGAAGAAGCCAAAGGUGGGGCAUGAAGAAAGUUCAUCCAAGGAAAACCACCUUCCAAAGAGAUCAGCGGAGGCUCCUGAAGCUGACUCAACUAUGACUUCAAAAGAGAAGAAGAAGAAGAGAGGGGCAGAAGACAAUCCAACGCCUGCAAAGAAAACAAAGCAGGACAGAAGAAAGUACCAAGUGGAGCCUGAUGAAACUCCUCCAGCUGUUUCUGUGAAAAAGAAGUCCUUCAAUAAGAAGUAGAACAGACUUGG